GCGAGAUAUCUGUGUUGGAAUUGGGGUCUCCAUCAUCGCGGGGGACCCCGGCCAGAUGCUUGAUUCAACUUGGCAGGUCGCUUUGCCCCCCUGCACUGCCCUGCCGUGGUUACCAUGACAUAUCCCGGCUCAAGCCCGGACGGUCAACCGUCAAGAUGCGGAAGGUGGAGGAUGCCCGGUUCUGCAACCCUUCCCUUCGCCUUCUCGCGUGCCACCACCACCACCACCACCACCACCACCCCAAUUUCUAUUGCUCACAACCUAACUCAACCGUGGGAGGUGGUUGGCUUCCUCCAGUUGGCUCCAGUCAUCGGUUACAUUCCCAGCGGCCAAUGGCACGGCGGAUGACAACCAGGAACGACAAGUAAAAAGUCAAUUCGUGUUCCCGUCCCAACAGCUCCUUCCAUGUUCGGAGAAUUAUACUUGGGCCAAGUGGAUCUAUCAAACGAUCCACGUCUGUCGGGUUGGCGAUAUAAGAGCGCCCGUUGGUCCCGUCACAAGUCAUGGCCGCCCUCCCUUCCUCUCCUCCCACCCUCUCUUCACCCUCCCCCUUCUUGCCCUCACCUCUUGCUCCCCGCGAGUGAGGCAAGAUCACCGGCAACAUGAGGUUCUUCUCCGCCGCCACCGCGCUUCUAGCGGCCGCCUCCACCGCCCAUGCCGCCUUCUUCAAGACCCUCGGCAUGGAAAUCGGCCCCAUCGACGACCACAUCGAGUCCCUCAACAAGCGCGCCGAAGUCGAGGGCACUUCCGGCUACGGCACCUUCGACCAGCUGAUCGACCACAACACCCCCGAGCUCGGCACCUUCAAGCAGCGUUUCUGGUAUGGCUUCCAAUACUGGAAGGGCCCCGGCUCGCCCAUCAUCCUCGUCAACCCCGGCGAGCAGGCCGCCGAUGGUUUCAACAAGUCGUACCUCUCCGACCAGCGUCUGGCCGGCUGGAUGGCCAAGGACAUGGGCGCAGCCGUGGUGAUCAUGGAGCACAGAUACUGGGGCAACUCCAGCCCCUUCGACGAGUUGACAGUCAAGAAUCUGCAGUAUUUGACGCUGGAGAACUCGUUGAAGGACAUCAACUACUUUGCCGAGCACAUUGACCUGCCCUUCGACAAGACCAACGGCAGCAAGCCUGCCAACGCCCCCUGGAUCUUCUCCGGUGGUUCGUACUCGGGCGCCCUGGCCGGUUGGCUGGAGGCGCUGUACCCGGGCACCUUCUGGGCGUAUCAUGGCACUUCUGGUGUGGUCGAAACCCUAGGACACUUUUGGACCUAUUUCGUCCCUGUCCUGGAAGCGACGCCGCAGAACUGCACCAAGGAUUUGACCGCUGUUAUUGACUAUGUCGAUUCCGUGUUGCUGCAUGGUACUCCCAAGGCCAAGCGUGAGCUCAAGUCCAAGUUCAAGCUGCAGAACUUGACUGAUGCCGAUUUUGCUUCUGCCAUUGAGAGCGGCCCCUGGAGCUGGCAAUCCACCCAGUUCUACUCGGAAAAGAUCACCGGUUACAACCCUUACUACCGCUUCUGCGACUACGUCGAGAACGUCUGGCCCAACUCGACCAACAAGGUCCCUGGGCCUCUCGGUGUUGGCAUCAAGAAGGCCCUCGACGGAUACGCCAAGUGGUUCGUCGAGGAAUCUCUUCCUGGCACCUGCGAGUCUUCUGGCUACGACGCUUUCAAGGGCGAGGAUAACGUUCUCUGCUUCCAGAACCAGAACGCUUCCAACCCCAUUUUCCACGACUUGUCGGUCGACAACGCCUACAACCGCCAGUGGAAUUGGUUCCUCUGCAAUGAGCCCUUCGAGUGGUGGCAAGACGGCGCCCCCCUCGGCCGCCCCUCCAUUGUCUCUCGCCUCGUCGACGCCGACUACUGGCGCAAGCAGUGUCCGUUGUGGUUCCCCGCCGAGAAGGGCUCCAACGCCACCUACGGCAUCAAGCAAGGCAAGCGCGCCGAGGACGUCAACAAGUGGACGGGCGGCUGGAAGCACACCAACGGCACGCGCAUCAUGCAGGCCAACGGUUCCCUUGAUCCCUGGAGAGACGUUACCCUGUCGUCCAAGUUCCGGCCCGGUGGUCCCUUCAAGGGCAACAAGAACCACCAGGUUCGCGUCAUCGAGGGCGGUACCCACUGCUCCGACUUUUACGGUCCCAACUGGAGCGCCAACGAGGGCAUCAAGAAGGUUGCAGAGGAGGAGGUUGCCCAGAUGGGACAGUGGGUGGCGGACUUUUACAAGAAAAGGGGGAUCACUCGGACUCGGUGAGGGAGAGGGUUGGAUGUUGCUGUACAUAUGAGUGUUGAGUACCUAUGAUUGAAUGCCUUCAUGUACAUACCUAAUGAGAGUAUAAACGUAAUGAUAGUAUUCUUCUCGACAGCUGGU